AUGGCUUGGUGUCUUUGGGUCUUUCACCCGUCUCCGCGUUGCAGAGCCCGUUCUGCUUUGGCUUGCGCCUGGCGCCCGCCAAAGCGGUGCCGUCUACCGCCGUGUCGCCCCGAGACCCUCGAAGCGUGCUCCGAACCGCCAGAGUCACCAGGACCGAGGGAGCAGGGUCAAACGCGAACGAGUGCUGACCUGCCGCUGUCUAACGAGAGCUCUCCAACGGGCGAAGCGGAAGCUUCGGAUGGCAACGGACACGAGCUCUCGUUUAUGCGGAGCACGGGAGUAGACGACCUUGACGCUCGUUUGAUUGCCGAAGACCCGUCAUUUGCUGAGCUUGAGAAAGCAGCACGGGCCUGGAUUGGCGAUUCACUCGAUCGGUGGCUGUGGUGGGAACGCCAAAAGGCCCGGCGAUAUCGUUUGCUUCAGCAGAUAAAGCAGCAGGAAGAACUUGUGGCCGUAGAGUUGGCGGAGCUGGAGCAAUCACUGGGUGAACUGCAGUCUCUAACUGGUCUGCGCUUUCUCAGCGAAGACGGGAAGAUAUCAGGCCUGGGCUGGGUAUUAAUCGCGAUGAUUCUCCUGAUUCCAUGUGGGUUGAUCUUCGUUUCGAUUCACUUGGUUCAGCAGGCUUUAUCAAAUCAGGUGUAA